GUGGUGUGGCUAACAUACAGGAUUAUGCUAGCGAAACAACAUAUUUAAACUUUGCUUUGUUCUAAUAAAAAUUUUCAUUUUAUUGUCUCCGACAUCUUGUAGGAAAACGUUAAACUGCUCACAUCAUUCAUUACAAGAUUGCACUUAUUUUAGUUAACAAUAGUGUUUAACGGCACAAAUAAUACCGAUAUAAGUAUUAUUAAUGAAAUGGUAUAUCCAUUAUUAUUGGGUUUAUUAUCAAUUGAUCUCGAUUCUUUCAUUGUUCCAAUCUUCUCUGUUGAACAAAAUGAUUACGUAGAUAUUGCAGGAAACGAACUAUGGUUAAUGCAGCCAUUUGAGUAUGGUUUAAUGUCAUUUAUUGUUAACGCCAUCAAUCAAAGUCAACAGACAAUCACAUCUAAACUGUUUCAUCUUACGAUAUCCGAUGAUCAUAAUACAACAAUAGACGUUGCAUUUAAAGAAGAUAACUUAUUGGUAAUUAUUUCAUAUCCAGAGUUUUUAUGAAAAUAUGCAAAACUAUAUAUAAAUUAUUUUAGGUUAAGGAAAAUUCU